GAGCGCAUGCAGCACACGCCACACAUAUGAGUAGUUGUUGCGAAUAAAAUAAGUGCAACGCGAAGAGUUUGUAAAGUUACAAAGUUACAUUUAAAAUGGAAUUGAAAUUAAAAUUGCUUGGCAGUGCCAAUCAAACUACAUAAAUAAAACAAGUAAAGAAUAGAAAACAAUAAGAAAAACAGCAACAGCAAUAAAAAGUGAGCAAUCGCAACUUGCAGCCUUGCAGUGCACACAAUUAUUUUUACGAAAAUAGAACUUUCUGCUUUUGAGCCAACAUCGCCUCCCCGAAAAUGCCUCGCACACCUAACAGCAAGCGCUUGUCAUCGCAAAGCUCCUCACUCACUGGAACACCACCACCAUUGCAUCGCUCCACCAACUCCAGCAAUUGCACAACCGUCACAAUGAUGUUGGCAAAUCGCAUCGCGCACAACUCUGACUGGUCAGUAGACGAUGAGCACUUUUUCGAGACGAACACAAUGAACGUUUGGCAAACGCUCGAAUUUCUUUCCGGUGUUAAUUUGCGUAAACGCUAUCACUACCAAGGCUACAAUGAUACCGAAAAUAUUAUACGCACUUUAACGCCUUCAUGGCGGCGCGAUAGUUUCGCCGAGAAAGCGGCUGCCGCCAAUAAGGAAGAUGCUAAUGGCGCUGGUGGCAGUGGCGGCGGAAGUGGGCGUGGCAAGGCGCCAACUGAUAAUGCUGAUGCUGAAUUCAUUGGCAGCGGUACUGCAAUUAUGCGCCAGAAUCAGCAGCUUAGCUCGAAAAGCAACAACAACACAAAAAAGGGCAGCCGCACUGUAUUCGUUAAGGUGAGAAAAAGUGGUAAAGGUGAGCGUGCCAAGAGUGAUAAACAGCAGCAACGGUGUAAGAAAUCUGUCACACUCGAUCCGCAAUAUGCGCUCUCGCAGGCUGAAUUCACGGACUUGGUGAAGUGCAACUUCAACUUGCCGCGCAUAAGUGCCGCUCUGGAGCGUUUGAUUGGUACAAAUGUAGUGCGUCUGACGGACCACAAAUUCAUGAGCGAAUUGCGCAAACGGCUAGAGGAGGAGCAUCGUAAUCAAUUGGAGCGACGCAUAACAGCAAGAGCGCUCCGAGAAGUCGAACGUGAACGUCUCCUAAUAAUCGAAGGCAAAACGAAUGAGAUACCCGAAGAACUGGCAGAUGAUCCAAUAUUUGUUGUUAACAAAAUUGCGAAUAAAGAAAUACAAAAAGAGCGCGCUAAGCUAAAAACGAAUCGUGAACGUAAUGCGGAACGCUUAAAAGCACAAGGCUCCAAAUGGGAACGUGAACGUCAGAAAUAUGUGGAAGAAGAACAACAACGCGUAGAGAAGAUUAAAGAGCGCAAUAAGGCGCAAAAUGAACUUGAAGACCGCUACAGAACCGAAGAUGCCGAACGAGGCAUGGACUUAUUGCGGUGAGUUAAAUUUAAUUGCUGUGGCUAUGGUUAAUGUCUGCGCGGUUCUAAUGUCACGCUGGUAAAAUAAUAAA